AUGCAAGUUCAAAGCACCAACAAUUCUAAUACAACAUCCAUACCAUUAUCAUUUACAAUCACAAAAGCUGCGGAGUUACAGCUCCAGGAUUCGACAAAAGGGGAUACCGUGACACCGCAAGAAUGGAUUGCCCGAGAGUUAGCGAGGAUCCGACACGACGAAAGACCACGACAUUGUCCUGACUACGAGGGACUGAUAGAAGUGAUUGACGACAUGAGCAAAUUUCUGAAACAACAAGCACCGCUACAGCAGCAGUGUCAACAGCAACAGCAACGAUGGCACGUCAACGAACCGGCAGUACCAGCGACACCAGAAGCAGCUGAACAUGAUCGUGUGGUUGCUAAGCAUCUCUUGAUAUUUCAACAACAGCAACAGGAACAACAAACCGGCGAUAGCAUGAGCCACAGAAGCGCUGCUGGCAACAGCGAUGGUGGUGGUGCUGCUGCACUAAAUUUUAGUGACCUUGUCGGAGCACUUGUGCUUGUUGUCCAAUAUAGCAAACGCCACAAUAAUACAACUACAACGGCGAGCGAUCCCCAUCCUGUGAAGCUGGUCAGGGUGCUAGACGAUAUCCAAAUUGUGCGAGACCACGACGGUGGAAAGAUCAAAGAUGUAGCAUCGGCACAGCAGCGGCUCUUUUCCAUCUUAUUUGGCAAGGUCCAGUUGACGUCACAGCUGGUCCACACAUGGAAAAUCAUUUGCGAGUGGGCGAAACAGCUACUUUACGCGCGCAACUGGCAUGAAUGGAUGGAGUUUGGCCUGCAGGCAUUUGUCAAGGCUAAGCAGCGCUGUGUAACCAUGGAAACCCUCAUAUACAGUCCGAACAACAGCAGCACCACAUCGUCGUCGUCGUCAUCCAGCAGUAGUGCCACAGCACAUCACCAUGGUAGCCAGAUUAUGAUGGAGCAGCUUCAGGCUUUGUUACAGAAUACGCAUCUGGUGGAGAAAACGUUUCGUGCCUAG